AUGGCGUCUGACACGGCUGACGCGUUGCGGAUUGAAGUGACCGAUUUGAAAAGGCAAGUCGAGGACCUGCGAAGUGCACUCGACGAGCAAGCGAGGGAAGUUCAGCAGUCUGCGCAUUAUGGUUUGGUGCUGCUCCAAGAGAAACAAAGCCUUCAAGAGCGAUGCGAUGAACUCGAAACACUGUUCGACAAUGCGAAACACGAUCUGGACAUCACGAGAGAGGCCCUGGCAAAAUUUCAGACCAGCCAUCAAGCCAGCACGAAAACCGGAAUCGAACAUGAAGAGACUUUGCUUUCAGAGACAGCUGCCAGAGAAUCAUCCUUGAACACAAAGAUCGUUGAUCUGGAAAUGGACUUGAAGCAGACGAAACAAGAGCUGGAUCGAAUCCUUGCCGAACGAGAUCGUGUUCUGAUCGAGAACAACGAGCUUGCUCGUGAGAAAGAAUACCAUGAAACGGAAAAGCGAAACAUAAAAUCUGAUCUAAGGGAGUUGAAGACGAGAGAAGCUUCUUUGCUUGGUGACAUUGACAGUCUCGAGGAGGAGAACAUCAAUCUUCAGAAACUUGUCUCCACCCUGAGGACGUCGCAGAUGGAAUUUGAAGGAGCAAAGCAUGAGCUGAGACGGUUGCAGGAAGAAGUUGACAUAGUGAAUCAGCAGUUGGAGGAAUUAUCAUCGUUAAAGAGAAUCGCGGAGAAGCAAAUGGAAGAAGCUCUUGAAGCUUUGCAAUCAGAGCGUGAAGCGAAAUAUGCGUUGAAGAAAGAACUCGAUCAAAAAAUGGCUACUUCUACAUCCGUUUACAGCUUCUCAAAUCUCGCGAUGAAUUUGAAACUUGAUGACUCCCCUGGAGAAAGUGAUGAUGAUGAUGAACUCAGCCCCGAAGACAAUCCUGCUCUUAAAAGACUGGAAGCAGAUUUCCUCAAACAGGAAGAAGAAGAAAAGAAUAGAGAGAUGGAUGCCAUGUCUCAGAAUGGAACACCUCCCGAGAAGCAUAAACAUCAUCACCAUCAUAAUGCAGUCGGGAACCUAUUUUCCGAAAUACACUUGAACGAACUAAGGAAACUUGAGCAAAAACUGGAAUUGGCCGAUACGGAGAAAAUGAUGUUGACUCAGAAUCUGAAGGAAGUGCAAGAACGAUUAGAGGGUUCGAAGAACGAAGUCAGCUUCCAACAAGCACGACUUUUUCAAGCUUCUGCUCGUUUGAAAGCCUUGAAAUCUAUUCAGCUGGACCAUCAAAUAUCAGCGAGCCAAGCACAGCUGUUGAAACGAGAGCUUUCUGAGCUGUACGCAUUCCUAGAAGGGGAAAUGGACGAGAUGGGGAACAAAUCGUCGGGUCUCUUGCCACCGGGCUCUGCUCUUACCGGUGUUGAAGCCGACACGAAUGCACCGGCUCAACCCGCGGCCGGUGGGGGCAUGGCUAAAUUGCGCGCUGAAGUCGGCGAUCUUCGGUCAAAGCUUUUGUAUUGGGAAGAAAGCGCGGCAGAUUUGCGGUCCGACCUGGACCUUUUGGCCGCGACGACUGGAGGUUGGCAGAUCGCGUUGGGCAAGACCCAGACGGAUAUGAACAACUUGAGUGCGGAAUUGAGCCAGUUGUAUCAUCACGUUUGUGGGACUAUCGGUGAAACGCCGAGUAGGAUUUUAUUGUCGCAUGUGAAUCAAACGUCCAAGCGGAAAGCUGUGAGCAACGUGCAGGAUGGUGGAGCAGAUGAAGCCAACGAUUCUGGUUUGGAUCGCAGCUCCGAAUCUCCACCUUCUCUGAGCCACGUGGAAACACUUCGCAGCAAGUUGAAAACAUCUGGCCUUGUGUUUGGAUCUGUUGAAGAAGAAGGGAUAAUGACUGACCCAGCGACGGUCCAACAGCAAGUGGAAACCCUGCUCGAUCAAAUUCAGUAUCUCAAGAAAGUAGUUGAACAGGCAAUCGGCAAAGCGGCGAAAUUGCCUUCAGAGGAUUCCUCUGGCCCGGAGAGCCUCACAACCGUCAGCCUAGCUGAUCUGCAGGAGAAGACAGCCAUCAAAAAGUCUAUUAGCAGAGUCAUGUUGAGCUGUCUCCGGGCGAUGUUCGCGGCACGAUGCGAAGAGUACGUUUCGCAAUUGGAGGAAGCGCAGCGCGGAUUGCAUGCGGCUGAAGAAGAAAAGAAAACACUAAAUUCUCUGCUUCGAAUGGCAAUCCAGCAAAAGUUGGCGCUUUCGCAACGUCUGGAAGACAUGGAAAUGUCAUAUCGGGAUCGUGGUGGCGCUCCAUCACGACGGCAUGUGACAGCUCGAGGAAAAACUGUCGGCGGAUCUCAGACCGCCGGCAGUGGGCGUCCGGCUGGCUUCUACGAUCGUUUUGCCCGCGGUCGGGAAAGUCACAAUUGA